UAUUUAACGGGUGAGUCUCCGGGUCGGGACUUUCAGUCUGUGCUGCUGCCUCUUCCGGAGCGGAGCGUGCUGCGUCUGUCUGUGUUUGAGAAAAAAAAAAAGUGAUUUGAAUGACGAUGGUUCGUAUGGACGGCUGCCCUGCGGCCUUGCCUACCACGGCUUUGAAGGAAGCUCGGAAGUCUUCAUUCAGUAUAAGUAGCCUUAUAGAUGAUGAUCAUCCUGCUGCAUCCAAGCCCGAUGUUCCCGUUGCGGAGAAAAGUGGAUCCUCAAGCAAGAUGGCAGAAACAGUGAAGAAAGAAGAUGGCAGGUCUACUAGUGAAAGUGACAACAAACCGUCCACAAAGAACGGAAAGUUCGAGAAGCCUCCUUUCAGCUACAACGCUCUCAUCAUGAUGGCUAUCCGACAGAGCCCCGAAAAGAGGUUGACCUUGAACGGUAUCUACGAGUUUAUCAUGAAGAACUUUCCCUACUACCGUGAGAACAAGCAAGGAUGGCAGAACUCCAUUCGACAUAAUCUCAGCUUAAACAAGUGCUUCGUGAAAGUUCCCCGUCACUACGACGAUCCUGGAAAGGGCAACUACUGGAUGCUGGAUCCAUCAAGCGAUGACGUCUUCAUCGGUGGGACAACGGGCAAGCUCAGGAGGCGGUCCACAGCUGCUUCCAGGAGUCGACUAGCCGUGCUCAAGCGGGCCGGCGGUGUGGGGCCACCAGGACUGUUACCCGCCAACCUCUGCUGGCCACCGUACGCAUCUGCGCUUCUCAAGUACCCCUUGUCGUCCUUUCAUCACGCCCUGGGAGCGGCGAAGCUGUCCGCUGCUACAUCGGCAGCAGGGGCUUCAGGAUUCAGUGUGGAUAGGCUACUCUCUGCCCCAGGGUUGGGAGCUCAUCCUGGCGGUGUGACUUGUCUGUCCUCGGCGUGCUGCGGAGGGUACGUCAUGGGACCGCAACCCAGCUUGUUUGGCUUAAGGUCUCUGGCAGCCUUUGGUGCUGCGGCUGCAGCUGCAUCUUCACACGCGACAUUUUCUGCGGCUGCUGCAGCAGCCUCCGCGGCUUGGGACUCCAGUUCACGUGGCGGUUCCCCCCCUACGAUCUACAAGCCCAUACCGAUACUGUCGAAGCACAGUUAGUGCAGUGUAUAUACACUUAUUGUUUUCAUAUUCUUUGCCAAAGCCACUGCUGCGAAACUGUCGGUGAAUGCAAGCAUGGCUGCGAACAGUCCCUAUAGUUAUGACAGAAAGAUGCCGGAAGACUGUUCAACCUUGGUUGCAGUGCGUUUGUGUUACGUUUACCCUUCUAGUCUGAUGUUGUAAAGUGUAUAUGAUCUGGGCUCGUAUGUUUGCGACAUCCAGCAGUUUAUUGUUUUCGUGCGGGCUUCGCCAACGAGAAGACUUCAACGGUGGCUGGUGCGCAAGAACUAAAUACUGAACUGUGCCCUUCUCUGGUGUGCGCACUGUCACACAGUGGAUGGUGCAUAACAACCGUUGUGAAUAUGUGUAAAUAUCGUGGUAUGUGUACGAGCGGCGACUGUAAUUACUGCAUGUACAUCCUCGAGGGUGUCACAUAUAAUGUGUAAUACCGGUUGAUAUCUCAGAUGUGCCUCUACUGUACAGAUAUGAAAGAAUAUAGGAAACAGUAAAAUGUUUUGACCACUUCUA